AUGAGUGCUUACUAUCAUGAAACUAACGGACAUAACGGAACGUCAACGAAACAGCAUCGUAAUGGCAAUGGGACGUAUCCACAAAAGAAUUCAGGCGAUGAAUACAUGAUGCCAGAAGAAGAAUGGGAACGUGAAUCUGUACUUGAUCCGGCUUGGGAACGGCAACAAAAGAAAACGUUUACUGCUUGGUGCAAUUCGCAUCUACGUAAAGUCGAAACAUCGAUUGAAAAUAUCGAAGAAGACUUUCAAAAUGGUUUGAAACUCAUGCUUUUGUUGGAGGUUAUUUCCAACGAACAAUUACCUAAACCUGACCGUGGACGCAUGAGAUUUCAUAAGAUUGCAAAUGUAAAUAAAGCAUUGGAUUUUAUUGCGAGCAAAGGUGUGAAACUGAUGGUUGGUGCUGAAGAAAUUGUUGAUGGCAAUUUGAAAAUGACAUUAGGAAUGAUCUGGACAAUUAUUUUACGUUUUGCUAUUCAAGAUAUUUCAGUCGAGGAAAUGUCUGCUAAAGAAGGUUUAUUAUUAUGGUGUCAACGUAAAACAUCACCAUAUAAAAAUGUCAAUGUACAAAAUUUUCACACUAGUUUCAAAGAUGGUCUCGCAUUUUGUGCGCUCAUCCAUCGCCAUCGUCCAGAUUUACUCGAUUAUAAUAAACUGACCAAAGAAGAUCCAUUGACUAACUUGAAUCUGGCGUUUGACAUCGCUGAAAAACAUUUGGAUAUACCAAAAAUGUUGGAUGCUGAAGAAAUCAAUAACAGCAUAAAAGCCGAUGAAAAAGUUGUGAUGACGUAUGUAUCAUCAUAUUACCAUGCUUUUUCGACAACACAAAAGGCUGAACAAGCAGCGAGUCGUAUAUGUAAAGUGUUGAGUAUUAAUCAAGAAAACGAACAAAUGAUGAGCGAAUAUGAACGAUUAGCAUCGGAUUUACUUGAGUGGAUCAAACAAAAACGUCCAUGGUUAGAGAACCGCGCUACAGACAAUACAUUAAAUGGCACUCAGGCGAAAUUAGGCGAAUUUCGAGACUAUUGUCGUUCGCAAAAGCCGCCGAAGCUAUCACAAAAAGCCAAGCUUGAAACAGAUUUUAAUACAUUACAAACACGUCUUCGCCUAUCGAAUCGACCUAUAUUCACACCAACUGAAGGCAAACUAAUUGCUAACAUUGUCGAAGCUUGGAAAGGUCUGGAAUUAGCAGAGAAGGGUUUCGAAGACUGGCUGUUACGUGAACUGCGUCGACUUGAACGACUCGAUCAUUUGGGGAAGAAAUUUCAACACAAAUGCGACAUUCAUGAAGAAUGGUCCGUCGGCAAGAUUGAUCUCCUAAAAUCAGCUGAUUUCAAACAAUACUCAUUGAAUGAUCUUCGAGCUUUGCUUCGUAAACAUUUAGCGUUUGAAAGCGAUCUUGCUGCUCAUCAAGAUCGCGUUGAACAAAUCGCUGCUAUCGCCCAAGAAUUGAACGUUCUUGGUUAUGAUCAAAUCAACCGAGUUAAUCAACGUUGUGAAAAGAUUUGUAAUGAAUGGGAUCAAUUAAGUAAUUUAACGAAACAACGACGCUCCGCGCUGACCGAAGCAGAGAAAAUUGUUGAAAACAUUGAUAGUCUUUUCUUGGAAUACGCCAAGAAAGCGGCUUCUUUCUCGAACUGGCUCGAUGGAGCGCGGGAAGACCUAGUCGAUAUGUUUUUUAUCCAUACAUUAGAUGAAAUCAGCGGAUUAAUCGAAGCUCACAAUCAAUUUAAAGCAACAUUAGGCGAUGCUAAUAGUGAAUUCAAAACAAUUAUCCGUCUUGUCGAAGAAGCUCGACAAAUCUGUCAUGAAAAUAAUUUAGAAAUAACACCAAAUCCUUAUACAAAUAUUGAAUCAGAUGAAAUCACAUCGAAAUGGAAUGAAGUUCAAACACUUGUACCACAACGUGAUCAAGAUCUCCAAAAUGAACACAGUAAACAGCAACAAAAUGAACGUUUCCGUAUGCAGUUCGCUCAAAAAGCCAAUGUUGUUGGCCCAUGGAUCGAGCAGCAACACGAACAACUUCAACAACUGACUGUUCAAGUUGUCGGCACAUUGGAACAACAUCAGAAACAACUCGAAGCGAUGGAAACAAGCUUCAUUCAAUAUCGUCCACACAUUGACGAAUUAGAAAAAUACAAUCAACAAAUUCAAGAAUGCAUGAUCUUCGAAAAUCGUCAUACACCUUACACAAUGGAAGUCAUACGUGUUGCCUGGGAACAGUUGAAUACGCAGCUAACACGACAGAUUGCUGAAAUUAAGAAUCAAAUUUAUACGUUGGAAAAGAAAGGAAUCAGCGAAGAACAAAUGAAUGAAUUCCGCGCUGCAUUUGCUCAUUUCGAUAAAAGUCGUAGUCGUCGACUAGAUCCCAAAGAAUUCCGAUCAUGUCUCAUCGCUUGUGGUUAUAACAUCCGCGAAGAUCGACAAGGUGACGCUGAUUUUCAACGUAUUAUGGCCGAUGUUGAUCCAUCGCAAACAGGUUUUGUUACAUUCGAAUCAUUUCUGGAUUUCAUGACGCGUGAAAACUCCGAAGAAGAUAAUGUCGAUCAAUUGAUUCAAGCUUUCAAGACACUCUCAGCAGAUAAACCAUACAUCACCGCUGCUGAACUCAAACGUGAAUUACCUGCCGAUCAAGCUGUAUGGUGUAUGCAACGUAUGAAACCAUAUACAGGUGCUGAUAGUGUCGCUGGCGCCUAUGAUUACAAAACCUUCUCGUCGGCACUGUAUGGCGAAUCUGAUCUCUAA